GCCAACUUAGUAGACCCACCAGACAAAUCAAAUAGAGCUCUCCUUUCGGAACCAACUCCUCAAAAUUUGGCAAAAUUAAAUAAACCAACGAUCCCAGCCAGAGCCCAGUGACAUAGGACAGUAACCGACCGCGGAAGGGAUGGAAUCCUGGUAUAUGCUACGCAUGCAAUCUCACGACUACUUCGCCAUGAACUACCCCAUCAUCGCGAUCUACAGCGGAGUCGGAAUUCUGGUGACCGGCUAUCUGCACUACCAGUGGAAGUUCCACAACAACGACCUCAUGUACUGGAAGCACAUGGCGGAGACCUUCUUGGAGGACAUCGACUAUUUCCAGCUGGCGAUGCUGUUAAUGAUAUUCACGAUCAACGCGAUCUUCGUGUCCAUUAUCCUGAACUUCUACAUGCGUCCGCCCCUGGAGGAUGGCGCAGGUGAGAUGUCGUUGCUGGAGAUCAAGGAUCGCUACUCCCGCUUCAUACUGCUUACUCUGAUUUCGCGCCUGGACAGGAUCCAGUCGAAGCUGUCGGCCAAACGGAAGACACUCACCCUUCAGCACCUGGCCAGGGCUCACACCAACAUGGUCAAGGCAGUGGCCCUGUUCCGCAAGGACGCCCGCAAGCUGAUCCUGCCCAAUGAAUCUGAGAUCAUGAUGCCCAUCGAGGACAUAUACGGCGUGCCCGAGGACAAGGAGCGAAUGCUGCGGCGGUUAGGAUACUACGACCUGCCUAUCGACAUUACCGACGAGACCGUCAAGGGCUUGUUCAAUGCCACAUGAAGAGGAUAGUAUCGCUGAUCCCCCCACUCCGAUUUAGAUUCAGAUACAGAGCUCUAGUAAA